CAACAUGCGACCCACCGGCUGUUCUGCACUGAGGGUCACGCUGGAUUAGAUAGAGAGCGAGAGAGAGAAACAUGUAUAUUUGAUUUAUACUAAGUUAUAUGUAUAUAUUUUUAUAAGUAUAAUAAUGAAUAUGAGGCGGGUGUUCGGGUCUCGGUGGUUUGUCUCCGGUGUGUCGGUGGCUGUAGGAGUCGGUGUUGGAGCAGCACUGACCCAGUACUCCUCCUCUUCUUCAUCUUUAUCCCCCUCUUCUUCACUCCUCCACCGGCUGCCCGUUAUCCCCAUCCCCUCGGUGAGCGCGCGGUCGGAGCUGGCUCCGUACUCCCCGCCGGGCGCGCUGAUCCCCGGGGGCGGCGGCGGUAAGUCCGCGGCGGUGAUGAAGUACGGGUUCCCCUCGCUCUCCAACGUCAGAUCCCGGGAGUCCUACGUCUCCUCCUACGACCCGCGGUGCCGCACCGCCGCCUGGGUGAUCGAACAGCUGAGCCCGGAGACCCUGAGCGGAUCCGCGGACCGGAAACGCUGCGACUUUAAGGAGGACGAGUCGGUGCACGUGUACCACAGAUCCACCAACCCGGACUACCGGGGCAGCGGCUUCGACCGAGGACACCUCGCCGCCGCCGCUAACCACAAGUGGAGCCAGAAAGCCAUGGAGGACACCUUCUAUCUCAGCAACGUGGCUCCACAGAACCCUCACUUAAACCAGAACGCGUGGAACAACUUGGAGCAGUACUGUCGCUCUCUCACCAAGCAGUUUCACAAUGUGUUUGUGUGCUCAGGACCACUUUACCUGCCCAGACAGGAGCCUGAUGGGAAGAUGUACGUGAAGUAUCAGGUGAUUGGGAAGAACCACGUGGCGGUGCCGACUCACUUCUUUAAGGUGGUGAUUCUGGAGAAUCGGCGCGGGGAGGUGGAGCUGCGCUCGUACGUGAUGCCCAACACGCCGGUCGAUGACAAGAUUCCACUGGAGCGCUUCCUUGUGCCCAUCGAGAGCAUCGAGAGAGCGUCCGGCCUGCUGUUCGUCCCCAACAUCAUGAAGAGGACCAACAGUCUGCAGGCCAUCACUGCGGGCUGAGAGGAGGACUGAAUCCAGGGUACACUUAAUUACCUACUUACUUACUUACUUGAGUAACUGCUGAUUAACGUCUUUACACUGGCUAUGCCUCGUUCACACUAUACCACUUUUUAAAUUUAAGACUAUUGUGGUUUGAAUUCCUCGAUUCAAAAUUACACGAGAACUUGCGAUUCUAUAUAAGAGAAUCUAUAGAGUGGUGAAUACCCACUUGAAGUGAGUCCAAAAUGAAUGGGAUUAUAUGUAGCAAUUGUGUAUAAUCGUAUAAAUGAUUGAAAAUAAAUUCAUAAAAAGAGUAAAAGCUUUUAAACUCCAGUUAUAAGCCUUUUAAACAUGCUCUAGCUGUAUAUCCAGCGUCAGAUUGCCAACAAAUAAGCCCACAGUAGCAGUAAUGCUAGCUUCUUUACUGCCUGAAUCCUGUUCGCUGUGUAAAAAUGGAAAAAUACAUGUUUUUUUUAGUAAAAUACUUUAUUAUACUUCUAAAAUUAAAGGAAUAAACUGGACAAGAAAAGAAGUUUGUUACUAUUUUAUUGAUACUUUUGUUCGUCCAUUGGUUCUCUCUCUCUCUAUGUGAUCCCAUUGGCUGUAGGUAGUCGCAGCUCGAGAUUCACAAUCACUGACUGGUCUGGAUAUUAAACCUGCUGGAUAUUUGCCUCCAAGCAGAGGUAAAAAUCAAUCGAUCAUGACUGGAAAAAGCUAAAACAGGCUAAAACCGUGUCGUGUGAACUAGGCAUUAAGUUCCUGUGAGUUUACUGUACAUUUUCUGCUGCUGCUCCUAAAUUCACAUAUUUACUCACUGUAUUUAAACAGCUACUGAUAAUAAGGCUGAAUAGCAGGUCUGUGGGAUUUUUACUGUGGAGCUCUUUCUAAUGUGAUGGGAGUCCGGGUCUGAUGCUGUUUCUCAGGAAAGAAAAUAAACACUGUUCUUUGUGUGGAAAUGGGAAAAUAUUUGAGUGCAAUUAAUAUAUUUAAGAACUGUCACUUUUAUUAAAAUACUGCUGUAAUAAAUAAAUAAACAGUAAGAUG